UACCACGCCAGCCAAUGGAUUCUUCUGCUUCUGCUCCUCUUCACGUCUCUUUGGCUUCCUUUUUUUCCUCCCUGCUAUUGAAUAUACAAGCAGUGAUACACAUACAGCCUGCAUCCACACUAGUAAUGCAAUAACAUUGUCACAAAGUGUAUUCAUAGUCCAGACAGCCGUAGAUUGUGUAGGUAGGCCACAGAGCGCAAACCCAUGUGUGCAGUAUGCGGCUACUACUGUGACAGACCCUGUAAAACACGUUAGGAAUCAGGGGUCGUUUAAAAGUGACUGAUUUACGGCUUUUAUUGCUCUAUUAAACGCCUCUAACAUCCUCGCCGGGGAUAAUAGAAAUGUCGUGCGUAUUCUGUACAAACAGGACAGCCAGAAAUGCCAUUUCACGUCUCGCUUUUAACCAUAUUAUGUAAUUAUUGCUGUGAAAAUAGAUACACCCGUUAUCUUGCAAUUUGCUGCUUUUGCCCAUAUAUUGACUUGUGUGCUACUUCUGCUCAGACUUAAUGUUUUGGAGCCUAUUACUAUUAUUAUUAUUGUUAUUGCUUUUAUCAUUAUUGUUAUUAUUAUUAAUAAUAUUAUUAUAGUAUUUUCCUACUUGUAAUUUUGGCUGUUGGUGACCCCAUAACUAUCAUAACAAUAAAAAGGAAGAAUAAAUAAUACUGUAUAUACUGUAUAAUGUGGAUGUUGUUGGGAGGCUGAGAAGCUAUUAGGGAGUUAACCUCUCGCUCUCUUUGACACAGCUGACUCUGAGAUAAGAAUGGGAUACUGUAAGCACAUGACAGUUUACACAGCCAGGCAGGAUCAGUUUACAGUAUAACAGCAGCAGCAUGUGGCUAACGCUCAGUGCUUCAGCCAGGGAUAGCAUGUAACAUUUGGAGGUAGCAAGACUGAAAUAUUUUCUUAUUGUUCUUUUUGUUUUGUUUUUUACAUAUUUGGAAUACAUGGGACUGUAGUUUACAUGAAUAUAUAUAUAUAUAUAUAUAUCAGCUGCAUUUAUUUCUGUACAUUGCAGUCUUCAAAUUCAGCUGAUUUGUGGUCACAUAUUUUGUAUUUAAGGCCAUAACAGAGGUCACAAUAUGUCUUGCAAGUAAAGGAUAAUUACUUUUCUAUGUUGAUAGAAAGAAUACAGUCAAGAGCAGAAUUUGAGUCAGAAAAAAACCCUUAGUAUUAAAGAAUCUGAACACUGGUGACUUCAGUUGUAUUUGGUCUUGCAUCUCUAAGCAGGACUGCCUUGCAUGUGGGAGGGCUCUUCAGUUUGAUGCGAGGGAGUACAACUGCUCCAAAAUGCUCUUACUCUCCAGGCUGCAACGACCAGAUUUAACUUCUCUGUGACAAUAUGACUCCUCUGCAGUUAUGUCAGCGGAUCAUAAUGUCCUGAGAUUCUCUGGUCUGUGACACCUUAACGAUAUUGGUCCUAAUGGUUGUGUUCCACUGCUGGCUGGUCUGUGACAUCAUGAUGAUGCUGCUCUGCACUCUUGUCAGGCUAGUGUCACCACAGUGGUGGCUGGUCUGUGAUUUCACAGUAUUGAGUUAGUUUGGUCUGUUGACUGCUCCACUGUUGUCUAGUCUUAAUUGGAUGUCAUAAUUGUAGUAUGCCUUUACUCUACUUGUUCUCUACUGUUUUGUUGAUGUGAUCACAAUGCUCAUAUUGAUAUUUGAAUGUACAUAUUGAAGGCUUUUAAUACUUUUAUCUUUCAGAAUUAGAGGUUAUUAUUAAAAGUUAAAGGCAUUUGUUACACUUUGGCUUUUCUACUUUAUAUAGGCUACUUUUACUAUUUUAUACUGUAGACUAGGACCGCCAUGGCUUUUCUUUAUUCUUAUCAUCUUAUUUGUUUUAUUGUAAAGUACACUACACCUUUGGUUCCAGCAGAUUUCUGCUGCUUUGACAUUCAAAGACCGCUUCAAUCAGGCCUAUUUUUAUAUGUUAUCCUUACCAAUUUCCAAUUAAAAGUUGAAGGCUGAGCCUUUUAAUUAAUAGCCUGGGGAAGAAAAGGGACAUCAAUUCAAAAUAGACAAAUAUCUCAUCAUUGAAUGAAAGCUUUUGUUCAAGCAGCCUGUCCAGCUUUCUCCAACAUUAUAAAUGAUCAGGCCUACUUUCAAAAACAAGCCACACCUCCAGUGCAUCUCACCACUCCAGUCCUCUCUGACAUUUAGAUUCACAACAAACCUAUUAAAAAUUAGUGCUAAAAGCUAUAUCAUCUUACAAAACUGAUGCAGCUCUAAUUCUUAAGUGUGUUAAUGGAAUCUGUUUCACAGCUGAAGUGCUGUUGGUAAAGACUGUGCCUUCAUUAAUUAGCAGAUAGCCUGCACGCCUUAUAUAAAGGUUAACAAAAUGAUUGGUUUGCUAUUGUUGUACCCUAUCCUUGGCGAAUCACCUAUUGUCCCUUUGAAUAAUUGAGACCAGUGGAUUUUGCCUGUUUUAAUUUUUCCUUGGUCAGCAACUAGCUACUAGUUUUGUCCCCAAGAUCAAUUGCCUUGGUAACACAACCAGAGAGAGAGAGAGAGAGAGAGAGAGAGAGAGAGAGAGAGAGAGAGAGAUUUAUACCCACAAUGGCGACUGUAGGUAUGCUAAAUACCUCUGGUUCCUUAUCCGGGAACUACCUCUUACUCUGCUAUUGGGCCAUUGGGUCACGUGGUAAAAGUAACUUUACAGGGCUGCUCGCAAGUAGGAGGGCUUUAUGGAGCAGAAAAACGACAAAGCUAGAAAAAUUAUUUUCCACUCCAGAAAUUAAUGAUCAUGAGCUCGUAUUUGAUGGAGUCUAACUACAUUGAUCCGAAAUUUCCUCCAUGCGAGGAAUAUUCGCAGAAUAACUACAUCCCUGAGCAUAGUCCAGAAUAUUACAGCCGCGCAAGGGAGACUGGCUUCCAGCAUCACCAUCAGGAGUUAUAUCCUCCGCGGGCGAGCUACCAAGAGCGCCAGUAUAACUGUGCAAGCAUCCCUGAACCUGUCACGCCAAGGGGACAUGGAGUACCCCAUUCUGCGCACCUGCUGACAGGGAAAGGGCAACCUGCUUCAUGUGAAACCCCACAGUUGUCCAUGUCCCCCGCCACCCCACCGGCCGCAACCUCCGCCUGCAACCAAGCUACCCCGGAACAUCCAAACAGCACAGCCUCCUCCAAGCAGCCCGUGGUGUACCCAUGGAUGAAGAAAAUUCACGUCAGCACUGUGAACUCGGGUUACAAUGGGACGGAGCCCAAGCGGUCUAGGACAGCAUACACCCGGCAGCAAGUCUUAGAAUUGGAGAAGGAAUUCCACUAUAACCGAUAUUUAACUCGGCGGAGGCGCAUCGAGAUCGCCCACACCCUGGUUCUCUCCGAGCGACAGAUUAAAAUCUGGUUUCAAAACCGCAGGAUGAAAUGGAAAAAGGAUCACAGGCUCCCGAACACCAAAGUGAGAUCCUCUUCCUCCUCCUCCGGGUCCAACACAAGCUCAGCAGCCGGCGCUGUUGCCGCUGCCUCGGCCAGUAACACUGGGGGCCCCGACGAACUCACCGGAGCACAGCAUGGCGAGGAUAUUACCAGGUUAUAAAACCACGAUCGGGAGUAGAAAAAGAACUGGUUAUUUAUAGAACAAUUAUAUUUUUUGUUUUCGUAGCUAUCUUGUGCGGUUUCCUUUAAGUCCAAAGUUAUAUAAAAUGCAUGUUAUAUAGCAUGGAUUACUGCGAAUACCGAUUAAUUAUUUUUACGUGACACAGGGUUUAAUUUAUUUGAAGCUCAAUUAAAAUGAUGUUUUUUAUUAAUAUGAAGGAAAAAAAGGAGAAAAAAAUAUACAUUUUAUCAAAAUGUUAUUGUGGGCCAUUCUUUUGCCCUGCUGCCCAAGGUGAAAUGCACAAUCUAUUUAUUUCAAACAACACUGGAAGGAAAUCAAUAUAAUAAUAGUUAUUUUUGGUAUUAAAAAAAGCUGGAACACACCAUUGAUCUUGAACUUGUAUGUUUUGGAUUAUGUGUGAAUUACCUCGUGUAUUUCAGAAACAGGAUUUUGAUUUACAAUUUAGUUUUGUGGUGUUGAUGUUGUGUUUAGACCGUUAAAAAGCAGAUUAUUGUGAAAUGCAAUAAACGGAGUGUAGUGUACUUGUGCUAAUCAUAUUGGUCAAUAAAACAGUGAGUGUCUACUAGUUUUAUAUACGUUUGGUCGAAAAUCAUUUAGGCAAGAUGAGGUCUGCUAUUGUUUUUGGUCUUUCUUUUGGAGGGAUCACCUUUAAAAUUGUACAGAUGUGUGAAUACUUGAACAUUUCAUGAGGGAAACAAGAAUCACUGUGUUUUCAAACUGUGUUUGUAAGUCCUGCAGCUCAUUCUUGCUUCUUUAAAUUAACAGUGUGUGUGUGUGUGUGUGUGUGUGUGUGUGUGUGUGUGUGUGUGUGUGUGUGUGUGUGUGUGAGAGAGAGAGACUGACUGUGUUUUAAAGCCUAAUUUAUAAUGGACUAAAGUUAUUUCUAAAAUAUGAAAUAGUUUGCGCUGUACAUUAUAUGCAACCUCAUCAGUCUGAAGGGCAUUCAAUUAACGCUUAAGAGAAGCCACUGAGGCCCUCCACUCUGCACUGCCUCUGCCAGUGCUUCCUUCGUCCUGACUUGAACACAAAGCUGCAUGCGUUCAAUUUAGACAUUUGUUAGAUUAUACAUUGUUGUGGAAAUAUUCUCAUUUAUUUUGUAAGCCAAGUAGUUGCCCUGCUUUUUCUAUAGUGCACUGCGUCAUGCGACUGAGUUUUCAAAUGUAAAGAAAAUAAAAUAAAAAAUAAAAUAAAGGCGUGAGUUGAAGAUA